AUGCACCGCCAGACCACUGCAUCAACCAGACUGCUCCAGAUUGUUCUAGUCUGGUCAUGCCUCAGUUCUGUCUCGCAUAUGAUGUAUGCACUACAGACCAGCGCAUCAAGCAAGGACUGGGAACUAUCCGAACAGCAGCACGGAGCAGAUCCGAUUGAAGACGAAACACUAUCUAGACUGAGAAUUGAUCUAAUCUAUGGAAUUACGGCAGACCAUAAAGCGCUAAUCACGUGUGAGGUGAAUAUUCUUGAAGACCCAAAGCACGAUGGGGGAAGAUCAACAGCCUCGUUGGAUACCACGCCCAUGAGUACAGUGUACUUGCUUUGUCCACAGAUUUCUACCUCCAUAUGCUACAUGGACUGCAAACCGAAUUGUGUUCUCGGUGACCGAGGAUGUAAUGUACCCCAAGCAAUAUCCCAAGUGAUCAACCGAUGCGAUUACAGACGAAUUAAUGCCACACGGCUAUUGGUCGACUAUGUGAUCGAUUUAGAGACUCUAAAUAAUACGGGCCAAUGGAAUUGCGCGUAUCGAGGUCAACACGCGUCCAGGCCGUUGGAGUUGCGGGCCGUCGAACGAAGACCUGUGACAACCGCACGUGUUUCCACUCCAGCUCAAACUGGAAUGAGCGUAACAACUGUGAAUCCUCCAAAGUCAUCGAUACCCACAGGGGACGGUCUUAAGUCCCCCGGUAAUCGCAAAGGUAGGCGCAAUUCCCAAGUUUCUGGCAAUCUUAUGUUCCAAUCGAACCUAAAUUGGACUGACUUUGACAAAUACACUCAUUUGCAAAUCAAUUUGGUCUUCACGAGAGACUCAACUGAAUCUCUCGUUUAUGGUCUUAUUCAACUGAAUGUGCCGCACAAGGGCCGCCUUAUGUUUCAGUUGGUACGAUGUUCGAGAUCCGUAAUUUAA